CCUCUUUUUCCCUGUUCUUUCUCAGUUUCUGAGCUCCAUUAAUACUCUCUUCGUUUAUUAUUAUUGUUGGGUGUUUUUUUAUUGUGCAUGUGAUUUUCGUUCGCUUUAUACUGUUUGGUUGCUGUAAAGCGUCUUAAGAAGGAACAUUAUAGAUUUCUUCGGCCGCUGACAGUCGUUUCUACUGUUCUUUUAGGGUUUUCUUGAUGAUUUUGAUGUAGGAGGGUUAGGAUAAUAGAGUAUUGAGAGAUGGAUAACCCUUGGCGGAUCAAAUUUGAUUCUACAUUGCAGUCAUCGGUGCUUUCAAUGGCUUCAUCGGCAUCGCAGGAGCCUCGAGAUCAGAUGGAGAUGAAUUAUGGCCAGUAUUUUCGCCAACAUACUACACAGGAUUUAAGUUCCACAUUGCAUGAAAGAGUGCAUGAUCCUAUGCGUCCCAACAAUUCAAACUUAUUUUCCCAUAAGUCAAGUCAAUCUGAGCUGGCAAAUUCGUUUCUAGCUCUUCUAUCUGGGCCACCAUCACUUCUACAGUGUGAAUUUCAGGAGCUGUCAAGUCGAAAAGUAUUCAAUGCCUCUAGAUAUGGUAAUAUUAAUGAUGUUGCAAGUGAAACUCCACGAGCCUAUGGGACAUUGCUGUCAGAAAACUGGAGCAAACAAAACACAGAAAAUGGUGGAAAAUUUUCUGCUGUUCCAUCUAGAUUGGAAUUGAGUUCCAGCAGUAGUGGUGUUUCGGUUUUGCCUUGUAACUUUCAUGCGUCUAGCGUAAAUAUUCAGACUUCAGAUCUGGCUGAAGUAGUCAAUCAUCACAUGGUUCCCGGUACUGAGAAAGUAGUGGACUUUGCUACCCUGAAAGGGGAUUGCUACAGUACUGGCUCUGCAAAACCUGGUAAUCCCCAUAGCAAAAAUAUACGGAUGUCAAUGAAGAUACCUGAGGAAUUAAACUCUUCUAUAUCUGAUCAGUCAUCAACUAUUUUAAGUGGGUGUCCCCGCGUAUUCUGUUUGGGUACAGGUGGGUAUCUGCUUCUCAGCAAUACAGGACUUCUCAGUAUUCUUUGCUCCUGUCAUUUUUUUCACACAUCUGUUUCCAAAUUUUGCGAGCAUGCAGGAUUAUGCGAUAUGAACCCUGGGGAUGCUGUUCACAUGGAAAGUGGAGGGACCAUUGCACGAUGGCGGAAACUCUACUUUGAGAAGUUUGGGAUCAGGGUUCCUGAAGAUCAGAGUGGAUGGGACUGGCCUGAAGGAUUGUUACCAACUACUGGUUUGGUGAAAUCUAGUUCAACCGUGCCCAAAAUAUCUAUUACUUCUCACGUGGCUAAUCCAAUUGGUUCAUCGCAAGCUUUGUCAAGCAGUUUGCUUGAUGUUGCUGAUGGCCGGAGAAUGGAGUGUGCUUUCUCUAAGAGUUCAACGAUGUCAACAUUUGGUGGUAGGGAUUCAUCUAAUGGUUGUCAGUCUGUCUCCACCUGGAUUGAUUCUAUAUUGAAGACUAGAAACCAAUCCCUUGCCCACUCUAGUUUGCAAAAUUUAAGAACCCUGGGUCGAAAUUAUGAUGCAACUGCAGCUAAAAUCACAGGUGAUAUUGUAAUUUCUGACCGAGAUGCUGCUUCCUCUAAUGUGGAGUUAAAGCUCGGGCAACCUUAUCAGCCAAGUCAGCCUAUAGGAAACUCUGCUCUACCAGUUGUUGCACCCAAACAUUUUAAGACAGUUGUUGAUCCUCCACAGUCAUACCAUUCUGAGAAGAUGGUUGAUCGAGCUAUGUUUUUCGGGAAGGAGGAAACUAGGCAAUAUUGUCUUCAGGAGGCAGACUCUUCUAACACUAUGGCAAGAAGUCAACAGAGCCUAUUGAACUUUAGUAAGCAUGCAUUUGCAGCCAGCAGUUUUGUGGAUGCUACCAAACCUGAAAGCCGACUUGAUGCCACAAAAAAUUUAGUAGUUCCUGCACAUUCACUGCUACCACUGGAAGGGAGUGCAUGCUCUAAAGGUACUAAUAAUAUGGUCAGUGAAUUUAGCAUGCCAAAGAUAUUUCAUUGUGGAUCUAGUACUACCAAGUGUGACCCACUAAAUGCUCCCCUGAAAAUUGGAAAUAGUUUAGGGAGGCAGUUGAAUAUGCCUGAGUUGGGUUUCUGCAGAUUGACAGAAAAGGGAAAAGGUGCAGGUCUGGGAUGUCUUCCUGUUGGCUUUUCCGAUGCAAUUGAUCCAGCAUUGAGAAUCCAUAAGCAGGAGGAAAGUUCUAGAAUUGCCAUUGGCAUGAUGCCUGGUUUUUCAUCAGUGCACAACAUGAACUCGUGUCAGUCCUCUAAUGUUUCUUCAGGUAGAUUUGAUGAGAGAAGCUGUCUGAACCUUCCUGGGAACUCUUCCUUUGUUGGAAAUAAUGCACAUACUGAUCAAGCUUUUCUUACAAUGAGUAGUUCAUAUUUGGGCUCUCGACAUAUUUCUCAACCCUCCGCUGCUACAACGGGCUUUCUGUUGGCUACUUCAACUUUUGUACCAGGUUCAACUUCUACCACCUCAAAACAAGAGGGCCCUUGUUUGCUUGAUGAUAGUAUGAGAGUGCUUGCGUUGAGCCAGAUUUCAGAGUUGUCAAAGCGACAUGCAAUUUCUUCAGUUGGAAUGAGCCAUGAGCUAGGAAGAUUAGAUAGAACUUCUAAUCCUAAUAUACAGCAUUCUCUUCUUGAAUCAUCAAAAUCUAGGGAAGGAAGGUGUGGAUCUAUUCUUCCCAGCAAGCAAGAUGUUUUUGAAGGUGCUUCAUCAUCAUUUCCAUCUGCUGCUGAAAAAUCAAUCCCCAUGACAGGGUUAAGCAGUUGCUGUGAUUUCUCACAAUUGACACAAGGGCUUCCACUACAUUCUAGAAUUGACAUGCCAUGCCAAUUUUCUAAUGACCGUUUUUGUGAUCAUUCUACAUUGAGGCUCAUCAGAGGUGAGAGCAUCACACAAUCGAGUGGGCAUGCAAAAUGCUGCCAGAGAGUACCUUGCACAUAUUCUCGGGGUGACUGCAUCUGCUCAGUCCAUGCAAAGUGCUUAGAAGGAUAUACCAAGUGUAGGUUUGAAGGAUCUUGUGUUGUCUCCAAGGAACAAGUUGGUGUAUGCUGUGAAGCACAUAAUCCAGUUGCUUCUGAAUUUGUUAAAGAGCAUAUCUAUCCAAAUGACAGAACUAAUUUAUUAGAUCAAGGGGGGAAAGUGAAUGGGCAACUUCCUAUGAGAAUUGCCUGUCAUGCUUCCCAGUGGAGAGAUGUUCCAAGCAAGCAAAAGGAGGCUUGUAAAAUGACACAAAUUAACUUAUCAGCUGAGUUGUUAGAUGCUAGUGGAUGUGCUGGAGAUCAGUUUGGAGCUUCUGCAGGUGUGCAUGGUAUUGGUUCUGCUAUAAAUGAAGCUGACUCACUUAAAUGGCAGGGCAUGUCAAAUAUUUCUUCUGGAUGUUCUGGGGCUGCUGUCACCCAGGCGUCAACUGAGGUUAACAAUGUGGAUUCUUCUACCAUCGAUGCUGGAGACAAUGAAUAUAGAAAUGAUCUUGUAGUUGACGAGGGAUCUGGUAUUGAUAAAUGUUCAUCAAAUGAUGAACUUGAAAGUGAAAGAAGUGCUGAGUUUAUUGGUGUUUCUUGCAGGAAUAAGAUAAGGAAUAACAGAUCAUCCAAAAUUCCGAAUGGGCAGUCAUCUCUUAGUCUGCUUGAUGAGCUUAAACUCCUAGAUUCAUUGACAUGGAAAAAAAGUCAAAAUCAGAGUUAUAUGAGCCUUUCUAGUAUUGAGAGGAUCAAUCAUGUGAAGAAAAUAAGGAAAGGCUUGAAAGGUGGCAAGAGAAAGAGAGCAACUAAAUUUAGGAUGCUGGAUAUGUCCUUUGCUCCUAAACUUUCCUUACAACAUUGCCCCAAAGGUAAUGGCAGUCAUCACAUGUCCUCUCGUUCUUCCAAGGAUUGGCAGACCCUCAUUCCAUCAGUUUUAGAAUCAUAUGAACCCACUCAUCUGAUUCGACCGGGAGAGUUGGCUUCAGCUAAAAUAGUAUGUCGGAAAAGAGAUUUGUCUGAUGUGUACAGGGAUCAGGAUGGUGAAGAUUAUCAGGUUAAACUGAAAGAUGAUGAUAGGUCUGACAAUAUCCUUGAAGUUUCAGGUAGAAAAAGGUUAAAGCAGAAUUUGGCCUAUAAUUCCUUUGAGAAGUUAGGGUCACCAAAGCCUCUUAGAACCGUUGAAAAAACUUCUAAUAGUGAUUCUGUAUAUUGCACAAAUGCAUUUUCAUGUUUUGAGACUGUUUGUGAUAAGAAAGUUAGGCCCAUUGUAUGUGGAGAAUAUGGUGAAAUAUGCAGUUGCAAGUCUGCCGCAGCUGAAUUUAAGCCUCCAAAAAUUGUUCCUCUGAGCAGGGUUAUUAAAAGCUUGGACCAACGUAACCUUCGAAAGAGCUGUAAACCCAAAAUUACUUCAAGGAUGUCAAAUAAGAAAAGAACAGCCACCACCACAGGUUACUUUGAUUUAUCUUCUGAUUUGAAAAAAGAGGAAGAAAAUGGAGCACAUCAUGUUUCAUUCUUUGAUGAAGUAAGUGGUUGUCUUGUUGAAGAAGGCAAGAAGACAUGUCUGGGAGAAAUUAAGCAAUUCCAUAACAUGUCAUUCAUCUUGGAAGAAGGGAAUGCUGACGGAAGUGAGAAAAGUUGUGUUCCUGAUGCCAUUACUUGUAAUUGGUCAAAUGCAAGGUGUAAGGAAAGUCGUAAGCGUAGCCUUUCUGAGCUAACUGGAAAAGGUAAAGAGUCUCGUUCUGACAGUUAUCCCCUUGUGGAGAUCUCAAAGUGCAUGCCUAGGAUGAAAGCGAGGAAAGGUUUAAACAAAGCUGAUGAUGUUGAAUGUCAUGGACAUAGAGCAUGUGACAUUAAUCCUGAAAAAGCUAUCGACGAGCUUAGGUGCUCUUCUAGCGCUGAUUCAGAUGCAUUCUGCUGUGUUUGUGGAAGCUCAAACAAGGAUGAAUUCAAUUGCCUAUUGGAGUGUAGUCAAUGUUCAAUCAGAGUGCAUCAAGCCUGCUAUGGUGUUUCAAAAGUCCCGAAGGGCCAGUGGUAUUGCAGACCAUGCAGAACAAAUUCUAAAGAUAUUGUGUGUGUUCUCUGUGGAUACGGUGGUGGUGCCAUGACUCGGGCUUUACAAAGUCAUACAUUUGUAAAAGGCCUUCUAAAAGCUUGGACCAUUGAAUCAGAGUGUAGGCCUAAGGACACAGUUUCGUCUGCUGAAACUAUGGUUGAUGACCAAAGUCUAGUUGUUGGGAAGGAAUUAUGUAACUUGCAAUGUAAAGAUCUCGGGCUGUCAAGAACUGCUGUUUGGAAAAUGGAUAUGCAGAAUAGUUUAAACAAUAUUCAAAACUCGCCUUGCUCUGUUAGCAAGUUAAAUGUGUACAAUAGUGUAAUAGCAGGAGUGCUUGAUCCAUCUGUAAAACAGUGGGUUCAUAUGGUCUGUGGGCUCUGGACUCCUGGAACUCGUUGCCCAAAUGUCAACACCAUGAGUGCUUUUGAUGUAUCUGGUGUUUCUCGUGGAAGAGAAAAUGUGGUUUGCUCUAUAUGUAACCGAUCUGGUGGCUCAUGCAUACAAUGCAGGGUUGUGGAUUGUUCAGUUCGGUUUCAUCCUUGGUGUGCUCACCAAAAGGGUCUGUUACAAAGUGAGGUUGAGGGGCUUGAUAAUGAAAGUGUUGGUUUCUAUGGAAGAUGUAUGCUUCACGCCUUACACCCCAUAUGUGAGUCUGAUAGUGAUCCCACCAAUGGUAAACUGAGUUUUCCUAGGAAAGGGGAAUCAACCUGUGCUCGAACAGAGGGUUUCAAAGGCUGCAAACAAGAUGGCUUUUGGCACAAUCCCUAUGGUCAGUCAAGAAGAAAGAACGGAUGCUUUGUUCCUCAAGAGCAGUUAAAUGCUUGGAUUCACAUUAAUGGGCAGAAGCCAUACAUGCAGAGGCUUCCAAAGCUGUCAAAAUCAGAUAUUGAAAAUGAUUGCCGGAAAGAAUAUGCUCGCUACAAACAAGCAAAGGGUUGGAAGCAUUUGGUAGUUUAUAAAUCUGGCAUACAUGCUCUUGGUCUUUACACUUCUAGAUUCAUUUCCCGUGGUGAAAUGGUGGUUGAGUAUGUUGGUGAGAUUGUGGGGCAACAUGUGGCUGAUAAAAGGGAACUUGAAUACCUGUCUGGCAGAAAAGUCCAGUACAAAAGCGCAUGCUACUUCUUCAGGAUAGAUAAAGAGCAUAUCAUUGACGCUACUCGCAAAGGGGGGAUUGCCCGUUUUGUCAACCAUUCAUGUCUGCCCAAUUGUGUUGCCAAAGUGAUUUCUGUGAAGAAUGAAAAGAAGGUAGUGUUUUUUGCAGAGAGAGACAUAUAUCCAGGAGAAGAGAUAACAUAUGACUACCAUUUUAACCAUGAGGAUGAAGGUAAGAAGAUCCCUUGCUUUUGUAAUUCAAAAAAUUGUAAGCGUUUCCUCAACUGAUUCUAUCACACUACCCUCACUCCCUUCUUAUUGUAAUACUAAUUUAAUUAUAUUAUAUUAGUCAUUCCCAAGGGGUUUCCUCUAAUACUGUCCUCUUUGUUCAAGUUUUUUCAUUUUUUAGUAUGGGAGAGAAUAAGGUUGCAAGUGUGAUAGGAUGUUGUUUUAGUGGUGAUUGUACAGAUUACCUGUGCUAAGUUUGGUGUCUUUCAUAUGUUUUGAUA